GGCCAGAUUUUGGGCCCACUCGUUUCCUCUUUCUAUCUAACCCUAUCAGUCUCCGACGAAGCACUGUUGCCACUUCCAGCUCACCGAAGCCAAACACCACCGUCGUCCCCUUUCCGACCGUCGCCGGCGGCUUUGUCAUCUUCGCCGUGAAGUCUGAAGCAGCAACAACCUCUACAGGUUUUGAUAUAAAAAAAUAGGCAAGGAGUAGCAGUAAACAUGAACACCAUUGCAAGGCAUGCAUCUAGCUUUCUCAGAUGGACAAGCCACACCCUCGAACCGCUGAAUAACGGGCAUCACCAAUUGCAGCAACUUCAGCAGUCCAGAGGCAUACGGGUCAGGGUAAUAAACGGGAAUGUGGAACAGGCACUUACUUUGUUGCAGCGUAAGAUGACAGCAAGUGGUAUUGAACGGAUGAUAAAGCGUGAACAGAGAUUUCAUAUCAAGAACUCUGAGAAGCGGGUUUUAGCCAAAAAGAACUUAGAGCGGAGGCUUAAAUCUGAGGAUCUUGCUAGAAAACUUAAGGCCAUUAUGAUCAAGAAAAUCAGGGGUAUGUGAGAAAGAUAUACUGGUAUAGCACAGAGAAAAGUUACUGUGAGUCAUAUUAUAGGUGGCCCAUUCCUUCCAUUUCUGUUUCACUUUCAUCUUGCUGUUUAUUAUUUCCCCUUGAGUUUUGUUGUUACCUUUCAUUUCAUGGCAUUAUGAAUUAUACAGGAAAAUAAAAUUUCAGCUGGAACAGUAGUAAGGUUAGCUAUGAGCCAAAGAGCAAUUUUAUUAUUAGGUUAUAACAGUAGUAAUCAAAUCAUUUUGGAUGGAGAUGUGUUGCAACCUCUAUUUUAUUAUGGCAGGUUUAUGUAACUGUAUUCAGAAAAACAAACCUGUGAAUUUUUUGUAUGGAUGCUAAAGCAUAUUGUUGGACAUUUUUUAUGAAACAUAAAAGUAAACUUUAAUUGAAA